AUGGUGCUCCUGUCACACAACCACCGACAGAUGCAGGACAGGACCACCUGCCUGGAGAUCAUAUCAGCUGGGACAGGGCUCAAGAUCAGCAAGAAGAAAACAGAGCUGAUGAAGAUUAACACCACUGCCAACACACCACUAACAGUAGGUGGAGAGCCCAUCAGGGAAGUGGAUUCCUUCAUCUACCUUGGGAGUGCAGUCGACCAACAGGGGGGCACGGAGAGAGAUGUCACAGCCAGGAUUGGCAAGGCCAGAGCAGCUUUUGCCAUGCUCAAGAACAUCUGGUCGUCCAAGGAGAUCAGGACAAGAACCAAACUUCGCAUCUUCAACUUCAAUGUGAAGUCAGUCUUGCUCUAUGGAUGCGAAACUUGGAGGACGACAAAGACAAUGCUACAGAAAAUCCAGACAUUCUUCAACACCUAUCUGCGGCGCAUCUACAACAUCCGAUGGCCAGAGAUGAUCCCAAAUGAAGAACUGUGGGAGCGAGCGGGACAGGAACCAGUAGCAAAACAAAUUCUGAAGAGGAAAUGGGGCUGGAUCGGACACACCCACAGGAAGCCAGCAUCCAGCACCACACGUCAAGCCCUGACCUGGAACCCGCAAGGAAAGAGGAAGAGAGGCCGGCCUCGCAACAGCUGGAGGCGAGACACUGGGCAGAGCUCAAGCAGCAACGUACAAACUGGACGCGAGCAGCAAGAUUAG